UGACGAGAUGGCUGCCUCUGAAAAAAAAACUGUUAUUGCUUAUCCAUGACUGGAUCAAUAAUAAUUAUCCUGUUAACCUGUUAGUUACCUCUCCUGGGUGGCGAAGCUUGAAUUAGCCUUCGAUGCAGUUAAAAAAAAACGCACACAGAAGUUUCUGAAGGAUCAAACAAGAUCCACAGGAUUUUAUCCACAGGGCUAUCUCCUCCGCCGCGUCGUUCGCCUUGCUGUUCUGCCGCGGGUUGGUUGCAGUUGAUCCCCGCUGUGGGGGCGGGCUCUCUGCGGCUGCAUCUGCAUCUUCUGCGAGGGGGAAGGAAGCCAAAGGAGGCGGCUUUUCUCGGUUGGAUUCCUCCUCUCGCUUCCUUUUCGCCUUCUUGGAGAGAGAAGAGGAAGAGAGAGAGAGAGAGAGAGACCCAACUCACCUUCUCCUUCUGUCCUCUUCCUCCCCUUGGUCCCGGUAAAGCUAGCUUUUUUUAGUGCAAGAUUCAAUCUGCUGCUGCUGUUGUUCUUGGGUUGCUGCAUCGCGUACUUGGUGCAGGGAUUUGUCCCGGAUUCCUGGGUUGGGGUUUCAGUUUCAACGUGGGUUCUUAGCGUGCAGUUCUUGAUCUGGUUGUCUCAGUGCAAGGCGGCAGCUCGCGGUGGCCGGGGGGGUUCUGAUUGAUGUGGUGUGUUCUUGGCUCCGAUUUGGCCGCUCCCGGUGCAGAAAUUCCCCACUUUGAUGAGGCUCUCGCACUGUGAGAGCUACUGCGGCCCUCCCCUGUGCUACAUCCCCUGCCUCCCCAAAUCCAAAGAUGCAGCCGGCGACGCUGCUUCCAAAUCCAAAGGUGCAACCAGCGACGCUGUCCCGGCGGGCCCGUGUCCGGCCGCCGCCGCCGCCGAGGGCAAGCCACCUCCGGUUCAGAAGAUUGAGGAGGCGGUAGCGGAGAAGGACGAUGACGACAACGAGGAGGUCGAUGAGGACGACGACGGUGUGAAAAUGGCAGCGCCGCCGGCUCCACUGAAGAGCAACCUCAAGAAGGCCGACUGCGCCGACAGCAAGUGUGCCGAGAAAGGCAAUGUGAAGUGGCUGGAUUUGCUGGGGAAGGAUCUCACCGAGGUCAAGGAAUUUGAACCAAGUGAAUCAGGAGAUUCGCUGGAUGAAGAUGACAUCGCAGAAUGUGUUUGCGCUAUCCAAUGAUCCAGAAGUUGUACAUUGGUGUAAAUUCUGAAAAGGGAGUUCAGCGUGAAAUCGUCGAUGUUUAUUUCCUCUCACCGGAGGGCCAGGUUCUUUUGUUAGCUCCCUCCAUGAACUCCACUGAAGCUACCCAGCAUCCACAACUUGUGCCAGUUCCAUAAGUACAUGCCACCAUAGAUGCCUAGCUGUAGAUGUUCCUGCCUUUUGUCAAUCUGGUAUGUGUUUGGGUUGGUAUUGGUUGCUGAGGAGUGAUACAUUUUUCACACUGCUGGUGGUGUAGCUGAGAUUAUUACUUCUGUAAAGGUUACGUAUAAUGUUAUUGAGUGGAAACAGAUCCUGUCAUCCUGUGAUCACUUUGACAAAAGCACAUGUAAAGCUUAUUGAUUUGAAGCUGUCAACUGAAAAAGAAGAGUUGGUUGAUGUUAGUAUCA